AUGGAAAUACUAAAGCCUAAAGUAAGGAAAGACAUAUUCACGUUUUCUUCCAGAGGCAAAGACGCAAUGAAGAGGAAUAUUCUUUUGAUUCAUGUUCUGGACACUCUUGGUCUCGCUUAUAUGUUUGAGAAGGAGAUCGUGGAGGCUUUGAAACAUGCUUUCGAGAAGAUAGAUGAACUGAUCACAGAUGAAAAUGAUCUGUACACAGUCUCCAUCAUGUUUCGGGUUUUUAGAACAUAUGGUCAUAAUAUGUUGUCGGAUGUGUUCGAUAGAUUCAAAAGAAAUGAUGGUAAAUUUAAAGAAAGUUUAUUAGAAGAUGUCAAGGGUAUGCUAAGCUUCUACGAAGCAGUGCACUUCAGGACAACGACAGAUCAUAUACUGGAUGAAGCGUUGAGCUUUACACUGGACUAUUUGGAGCCACUAGCUACAGAUAGCACAGCGAGCCCACCACAUAUGUUAAAGCAUAUAAAAAAUGCUCUUUACAUACCUCAGCACCAGAAAGGGCAGGUUCUGGUUACAAGAGAGUAUCUUUCUUUCUAUGAAGAAGAAAAGGACCACGAUGACACAAUGCUCAAGCUAGCCAAGCUUAACUUCAAGUUCUUGCAGCUUCAUUACAUUCAAGAAUUAAAAAUUAUCACCAAGUGGUGGAGGGGACUAGACUAUACAGAGAACCUCCCACCUGGCUUCAGAGAAAGAACACUCGAGUGUUGGUUUACGGGACUGAUGUUGUAUUUUGAGCCACAAUUUUCACUUGGGAGAAUUAUGUUGGCUAAGUUUUUUUUAAUGUUCACCUUUUUAGACGAUGCCUGCGAUACUUCUGGUUCAAUUCCUGAAGUUGAAAGCAUGGUUAAUUGUCUGGAAAGAUGGGAUUCCGAGUACAUGGAGAAUCUGCAAGGUCACAUGAAGACUGCCCUCAAAUUUGUGAUGUAUGUUUAUAAAGAGUAUGAAGAAAUAUUGAAGCCACAAGGAAGAUCCUUUGCGUUGGAGAAGAUGAUAGAAGAGUUAAAGAUAGCCGGGAGAGCAAACUUUGACCUCAUCAAAUGGGCAAGAGCAGGUCAAAUGCCUAACUUUGAUGAGUAUGUAGAGGCUGGUGGGGCUGAGAUUGGUUCAUAUGCAACCAUAGCAUGUUCUAUUAUGGGACUUGGACAGAUCAGUAAGAAGGAAGACUUUGAAUGGCUACUAUCUAGACCAAAGUCUGUCCGAUAUCUAGCCAGUAAGGCACGUCUCAUGGAUGAUAUUACGGAUUUUGAGGAGGAUAUGAAUAAAGGGUACACUGCAAAUGCACUUAACUAUUACAUGAAACAACAUGGAGUCACGAAAGAAGAAGCAAGUAAGGAAUUGCAUACGAUGAUUGGAGAUAUCAACAAGAUUGUAAACGAAGAGUGCUUAAAGACAACCAACAUUUCACGUCCCGUUCUAUCGCAAGUCGUCAAUUUUGGACGCAUGCUGAAUAUUCUCUAUACGUCCGAUGAUGUCUACAAUCACCGUGAAGGAAAACUAAAGGAUUAUCUCAGCGCUUUGCUUGUUGAUCCAAUAAAUCUUUAG